CACACUAGUGUUUUUCUUGUUUAGUUUUAGUUGGUGCUUAAUAGUCAAUAAAGUGGAACAGAUUUGGGUGGAUUCAAAGUACAUAUAUUCUGUUCUUUCUUUCACAUUUUCAAAGCCCUAAAGUUUUUGCUUCUUCCUUAAAAGACAUAUUUUCAUGGAAGAUGGUGUCUUAUGUCACAGUUAUAAAUUGCAACAAGGAUACUUGACAUAAAGUGCUAUAUCCAAAAGAUGGUACUAUUCUUUGCAAUUGUGAUAUUGGCAUGUCUCCGCUCAUUUGUUUUACCUGAUGCGCAAGGAGAUGCACUAUACGCAUUGAAGAUCUCACUAAACUCACUAAAUGCUUCAAAUGGUCAACUUGUUGAUUGGAACCAGAAUCAAGUUAGUCCUUGUACUUGGUCCAAGAUCACUUGUGAUGAUAAAGGCAAUGUCAUUAUGGUGUCAUUAUCAAGUUUGGGAUUCUCGGGCACUUUAACUCCCAGAAUAGGUGUUCUGAAGAAUGUGAAUACACUGUCCUUGCAAGGGAAUCAUAUAACUGGUGAAAUUCCCAAAGAGAUUGGAGAUUUAACAAGCUUGACAAUGUUGGAUUUAGAAAAUAACCGUCUUUCCGGAGAAAUACCAGCUUCAUUGGGCAAUCUUAAAAAGCUUCAGUCUCUGUUUUUGAGUCGAAACAAUCUCACGGGGACUAUCCCUCAGUCACUUUCGGGACUUCCAAACUUGAUGAACCUUCAGCUUGGUUCCAACAGUCUUACUGGCCAAAUUCCUGAACAGUUGUUCCAAGUUCCAAAAUACAAUUUUACAGGGAAUCAUUUGAAUUGUGGCUUAAAUCUCACUCAUCAUUGUGAAUCUGCUAGUGGAGGUUCUCCUAGUAAACCAAAGACUGGUCUCAUUGUUGGUAUUGCUGUUGGAUUUCUUGGACUUCUCCUUCUUGGAGGAUCUGUGUUAUUGUUCUGUAGAAGACGGCACAAAGGCUAUAGACGUGAAAUCUUUGUUGACGUUGUAGGUGAGGUUGAUCGACGAAUUCCAUUUGGUCAAUUGAGGAGAUUUUCAUGGAGGGAAUUGCAGCUUGCUACUGAUAACUUCAGUGAAAAGAAUGUUCUUGGACAGGGGGGUUUCGGCAAGGUUUAUAAAGGAGUGCUCAAUGACGGCAUUAAAGUUGCCGUGAAACGGUUAACUGAUUAUGAGAGUCCUGGGGGAGAUGCUGCAUUUCAGCGAGAAGUUGAGAUGAUAAGUGUGGCUGUUCAUAGGAAUCUCUUACGGCUUAUAGGAUUUUGCACCACACCGACUGAACGCCUGCUAGUAUACCCAUAUAUGCAGAAUUUAAGUGUUGCUUAUCGGCUACGAGAACUUAAACCUGGGGAGCCUGUUUUGAAUUGGCCAACUAGGAAGCGUGUGGCGGUGGGUACUGCACGUGGACUUGAAUACCUACAUGAACACUGUAAUCCAAAGAUUAUUCACCGUGAUGUUAAAGCAGCUAAUGUGUUACUAGAUGAAGAUUUUGAAGCUGUAGUUGGUGAUUUUGGCCUGGCAAAGCUAGUUGACGUUAAGAAAACCAAUGUGACUACUCAAGUUCGUGGUACAAUGGGCCAUAUAGCUCCUGAAUACUUAUCCACUGGCAAAUCAUCAGAAAAAACUGAUGUUUUUGGCUAUGGAAUCAUGCUUUUGGAAAUUGUAACCGGCCAACGUGCAAUAGACUUCUCACGCCUAGAAGAUGAAGAUGAUGUCUUGUUGCUUGACCAUGUCAGAAAACUGCAAAGGGAUAAAAGACUGGAUGCAAUUGUAGACCGUAACCUGAAUAAUAACUACGAGCUGGGGGAAGUGGAGAUGAUGAUUCAGGUGGCAUUACUGUGCACUCAGGCAUCACCAGAGGACCGUCCAGCAAUGUCGGAGGUGGUGAGGAUGCUGGAAGGAGAAGGGCUUGCUGAGAGAUGGGAAGAGUGGCAACACGUUGAAGUCAAUCGUAGACAAGAAUACGAGAGACUUCAGAGACGAUUUGAUUGGGGAGAAGAUACAAUGUUUAAUCAUGAUGCUGUUGAGUUGUCUGGUGGAAGAUGACAAAUGAGUAAUAAUUUUGAACCACAAAAAUGUUUUUUGAUAUAUAUAUAUAUAUGCAAUGGUUGCUAAAUGGCCAGCAAUCAACUGUGGACUCUGUAUUUAUGUAAGUUUUAGUCAUUAUUUUCAUGUUCCAUUAACUCCAAGGAGUGGGAAUACUCGAUUCCUCAAAUGGUUACAUAUUUUCCUCACUAAA